AUGUGUUGGUUCUUUGUACUGUACUGCCUUCAACUCUACUUUUUUAAAGUUACCAGCUGUGACGAAAUCCAGAUGAUGCACAGACCUCCUCCGCACGAUGAUUUCUCACUCAAGGAGACCAAACCCCACCUGGGUGGAGGAAAGGUCACCGGAGAUAAGCUCACCAGCACUUAUGACCUUGUGGAACAAAUGCAAUACCUGUAUGUCCGUGUGGUGAAAGCUAGGGAUUUACCUGCGAAAGAUGUUACUGGUAGUUGUGACCCUUAUGCUGAAGUUCGUCUUGGAAACUACAAGGGUACAACUCGUCAUUUUGAAAAGAAAUCUAACCCUGAAUGGAACCAAGUGUUUGCCUUCUCCAGAGAGAGGAUUCAAGCCACUAUGCUUGAAGUCACUGUAAAAGAUAAAGACUUUGUUAAGGAUGAUUUCAUGGGGUGGGUUCUAUUUGAUCUUACUGAGGUUCCAAAAAGAGUUCCACCAGAUAGUCCUCUAGCUCCUCAAUGGUAUAGAUUAGAAGACAGGAAAUCAAACAAGCUGAAAGGAGAGCUUAUGCUAGCAGUAUGGUGGGGUACUCAAGCUGAUGAAGCUUUCCCUGAAGCAUGGCAUUCAGAUGCUGCUUCUGUUGGUGGAGCUGAUGCUCUUGCUAAUAUCCGUUCAAAAGUCUAUCUUUCACCUAAGCUAUGGUAUCUCAGAGUCAAUGUGAUUGAAGCCCAAGACUUAAUACCAAGUGACAGAACUAGAUUCCCUGAAGUUUUUGUGAAAGCUGCACUUGGUCAUCAAGUUUUAAGGACCCGAAUCUCCAUGAGCAAAUCCAUCAAUCCUAUGUGGAAUGAAGACUUAAUGUUUGUAGCUGCAGAACCAUUUGAAGAGCACUUGGUUUUAAGUGUGGAAGAUAGACUCGCACCCAAUAAAGAUGAAAUCCUUGGAAUGUGUGCAAUUCCUCUACAGUAUGUGGAUCGAAGGCUAGACCACAAAGCUAUCAACACAAGAUGGUUUAAUCUUGAAAAACAUGUUAUAAUCGAUGGUGAAAAGAAAAAAGAAGUCAAAUUUGCUAGCAGGCUUCAUAUGAGAAUCUGCUUGGAAGGUGGUUAUCAUGUUCUUGAUGAAUCUACUCACUACAGCAGUGAUCUUAGGCCAACAGCUAAACAAUUAUGGAAGAACAGCAUCGGUGUUCUUGAAGUUGGAGUCUUGAGUGCUCAGGGAUUAUCACCAAUGAAAACAAAAGACGGACGUGCAACAACAGACGCGUAUUGUGUUGCCAAAUACGGGACAAAAUGGGUCAGAACAAGAACAAUAAUUGACAGUUUUACCCCUAAAUGGAACGAACAAUACACAUGGGAAGUUUUCGAUCCAUGUACUGUUAUAACAAUCGGUGUAUUCGACAACUGUCAUCUCCAAGGUGGCGAUAAAGGGGGUGGGGGUGGGGCCCGCGAUUCAAGAAUCGGGAAAGUCAGAAUCCGUCUUUCCACUCUUGAAACAGAUCGUGUCUACACCCAUUCAUACCCUCUUCUGGUUUUACAUCCAUCUGGAGUUAAAAAAAUGGGUGAGAUUCAUUUAGCUGUGAGGUUUACAUGUUCUUCAUUGCUAAACAUGAUGCAUAUGUACUCACAGCCUUUGUUACCCAAAAUGCACUACAUCCAUCCGUUGACAGUGAGUCAACUCGAUAGUUUAAGGCACCAGGCAACUCAGAUUGUGUCCAUGCGGUUGUCCCGGGCUGAGCCGCCGUUGAGAAAAGAGGUGGUGGAGUAUAUGCUGGAUGUGGGGUCCCACAUGUGGAGUAUGAGAAGAAGUAAAGCUAAUUUCUUCAGAAUCAUGGGUGUGUUAGGUGGUUUGAUUGCAGUUGGAAAAUGGUUUGACCAGAUUUGUAACUGGAAGAAUCCGAUCACAACCGUUUUGAUUCACAUCCUUUUCUUGAUUUUGGUUUUAUACCCUGAGCUUAUUCUCCCAACUAUUUUCCUCUAUCUUUUUCUGAUUGGAGUUUGGUACUAUAGAUGGAGACCAAAGAACCCAUCCCACAUGGACACCCGUCUUUCUUGUGCUGACAAUGCACACCCUGAUGAACUUGAUGAAGAAUUCGAUACCUUUCCAACUUCUCGCCCUGCUGACAUCAUCAGAAUGAGAUAUGACCGAUUAAGGAGUAUUUCUGGAAGGAUUCAGACGGUUGUUGGUGAUUUGGCAACACAAGGAGAGAGACUUCAGUCUUUGCUGAGCUGGCGAGAUCCCAGAGCAACUGCACUGUUUGUGAUUUUCUGUUUGAUUGCUGCUAUUGUUCUUUAUGUCACACCUUUCCAAGUUGUGGCACUUCUGACUGGAUUCUAUGUGUUGAGACACCCGAGGUUUCGCCAGAAGCUUCCUUCUGUCCCUCUCAACUUCUUUAGAAGAUUGCCAGCCAGAACUGACUGCAUGCUAUGAGAUGAUCAACACCGGAAUGGAAUCGUCAAUUCCAGAGAAGGUUACUCUAUAAUCAAAAAAAGCCAUUCCUUUCUUCUAUUCCUGGUAAGAUGCAUACAACUAUCUUGGAACAAUGUUUUUGUAUAUCUUGUGGUUCUGUAGUCCUUUCUUAAAUUUCAAAUUUCAUGGUCUGUGUUUUAUUUAGGUUGUGUUUUUUUUUUAUUUAAUUGUUAUUAGUAGAUUAUGACAAUCAUCUUUGGCGAUAUUAUUGGAUAAAUAUCUUGGAUUGGCAGUAAUUUUUAUCAAAUGUUUCUUUAAG